CUUCACGUGAAUUCUUGCGGGGAUUUACCUCUACAAUGAAUGACGAUGAAACAAGGGAUCGAAAAUGCAGUAGGAAUUUUCAACCACUUGAGACUUGAGACCCAACUUGCUCUGGUUUAUAUUUCUCUCUGUGCUUUUUUUGCAAUUGUCCUGUAAUUGUUUUUUAUCGAUGAACUACGUACGCUGAACUGGUGACCAAAAAUGAUCAACAAUAAAGCAUACUGCUUUGCUUUUAUUGGUGCUAUUGUAGCAUUAGCUACAUAUCGCUAUUCCAUUUACUCUAAAAAAGGAGAAGUGGAGCAAAUUGCUAGUUUAUUAACAAAAAACUUCGAAAAGCAGAUAAGCCACUACAAGAAGAUCUCAGUUGGAACUAAUGCCAAUAUUGAUUUGAUUGUCUCUGGUGUUGCCUUACUGAACAAGCUGGGUAUUUUAGCACCAAAGUAUGGAAAACAGUGUAGUGAAGUUGAUUCCUUGGAUGUCUUGGGAGAAUGCUUUAUGUACUUCAUGAGCAAAGGUGCUGCUGGAGAACGACCAAUAGCAACACAGCAGUUAAAUGCUGAAAUUGUUCAUGCGGCAUCUUUAAUUGAAAAUUCACAGAAUUUUAUUGGUGGAAAUGCCGCUUUAGUUGGGUUAAAGUUCUCUAAACUAAUACCAAAUGCAAAGGUGAUGCUUUGUGGACCAGUUGGUCCUAAUCUAAAGUUGCUGCUACCAAAUGAAGUCUUUGUUCCUAAAAGUUGUGAAGUGCCAGAAGACGAGAAUCAUUUAAUCUUGGAAUAUCAACGCAAUGAAAGAUGGGGGGCUGUUAAGGCACCUAUUGCUAAUAGAUUUAUCAUGUCACACGAUGUGGCAAAUUCAGCAUUAUCUACCUUGGAGUCUUUCAUUGAGGAGACUUUAAUGUUCAAGCCCGAUCUAAUCAUUGUGUCCGGUUUUCACCUUCUUGAUAAUCAGAAUGAGCAAUUUUGGCAACAGCGGCUUCAAUCUGCAGCAGCCGGAUUUUCCCGUCUUCCUCUUGAUGUUCCUGUUCAUCUUGAAUUAGCAAGUAUGAGCCACUGUCCAGUUAUUAUAGCACUCGUAGAACAAUUAAUUCCGUUUGUUAAUUCAAUUGGCUUAAAUGAACAAGAGUUGGCCUUUAUCACUCGAUGCUUACAUGGUGUCCAUGCUGACAGGACUGAAGUGGCGAAAAAAGAUGAAAUAGGUUUCUUUAGUGACGUAAUCUCGUGGAUAAUGAUGAAAUAUGGAAAGAAUGAUCAAUUAAACCCAAACUCACGUUUAACUCGAAUACAUUUUCAUUGUUUAUACGUCCAUAUCUUAGCUGUAGUUCCCACGUAUUGGAGCUCGAACGAGGCAAGCGUUAGCCGGGGUAGUUGGACAGCGUAUUCACAGGCCUGUGACUCUGAAGAAGUCAAUGAUAAUGUCGCUGAAUUGAAGAUGCCUCGUGAAUUUAGUAUUUCAUUACAAUCAGGGUCGUCAGUUGAAUUUAAAUUUGAUUCGCCUUUAACUGUAGUUGCCGGUAGCGAGGACAUAAAUUUGUAUAUCUCUCCUGUAUUAGUAUGUAAACGACCAUUGAAAACGGUUGGUCUAGGUGAUGCAAUAUCUGCAUCUGGUCUUCUUUAUAAUGAUUUUAAACAGUCGAUUACGUAAGAAAGCGCCGAUUUCGCUGUGCGUUGCAAAUUGCUGUCGUCUUCAUUCGCUUGAAAACAAUGAAUGAAAAAUAAUUAAAUUUGAUGAACAAGCAUUGCAACGACAGUGCCGUGGCAAACGCGUUAAUUGGGGAGGGGGCUGAAACUCGUAUAAUGUCUUAAUUCGUACACAACAAAUGAUUUCAAAGGAACUUAAUAUUGCAGAACAUGCAUAUAUGAAUAUGUCCCCCAAUCGUUUAGUUUGUUUCGCCAUUGGGCGACAAUAUUACAAAGUAGAAAUCAAAGGUAGAAAUGUAUCUAUAUUUUCUGCCUUUCUGGUGGACUAAAUUAUUAUCAUAAAUAGAAAUUAAUUUGUACACACUA